AUGAAUCUCCAACAACUAAAACUGAACCUCUGCAGCUUCUACAACUACAACUGUCCGGCUACAACUGCUAAAUCUACGAGGAGGUGCAUUGAAUCAGAAUCAAUCAUAUCAAAAUUGAUAAGAUUUUUUUUCCAAAUUAAAAUUAAAAUUUUAAAAUACUUUUUCAAUUCGCUCCCAAAGCAAAUUUACCCACCGGAAAUUCUGGUGAUGGAAUAUUGGAAACCACAAUCUUGUCUUUCUAAAAAACAGCCAAGUAAACCUACUUACUUUACUCAAAUUAAACCUACUACCUUUGAUCAAAGUAAACCUACUUCCUGUGCUCGAAGUGAGGCUGCAGCUACCUGUGCUAUUACUAAACAAUCACCAACGCCAAUCGAACAUACGCUUUCAACAAACAUAACUGAAAAUUUGGAUACUACUACUGCUACCACAAAGCAAAUUGAGACAACACUGAUGCCAACAACCACUAUGCCAACAACUACGAAUCGUCCAAAGGAUUUGAGAAUACCCAGACCGGACCGGCUGAAUCAUGGAGGAUAGAUAAAAGCUAUUAAUUAUUAUUGAAUAAAUUAUUUUUU